UGCCUUUGUAUCUAAUGUCAGCCUGGUCGAUUGUGAAACCUAAAAUCGAUCCUCCUCCAUAUCCCGCUUCCGCUUCCGCUUCCGCUUCUUCCUAGAAAUGGAUCAGGUGCACUUAGCCAUCGGAGUGGCGAGCGUGGUGGCCAUGAUCGUGCUAUUGGCUAACUCAGUGUCGUGUAUUAGUGGCCGGGUGUCGGACCAAACCAGCGCCAAUAUCUCCAACCUAGUCACCCGCGGCGGACCUGUGGUGGACCAGCUGACCUCGGCCGAGGGGGAGCAGCCAAUCUUGGAGGGUGAUUACAUAAACGCCACUUGCUCGGCAGUCCAAAGCAUCGGAAGCAAAGCCUGCGCCGUCAUUGGACCACACCUGCCCCGACUGCCGAGCCUAAGGAAGCCCAGCGAAGAAGAUAAGGAUGUUGCCACGAAGAAGGAACCUGAACACCAAGAUGACACGCUGACGUGGGCGGAUCCCCCGGGAGAGGAGUAAUAGAGGCGACAGAAACCAAGGGCUUUCAUCUUUGAAAUCUCCAAAAUUUGUAGUAGUCCCAAGUAGGCGAUGGGUCUGAGACUUCACAUUUUUGUCGGCCCUUUGUAGUUCGAAAGCAUUGAGAUUCAGUCUAUUCCUGAAGUUCGGCUUGAACACAUCUCUUUCGCUUUCGUAGAAUAAAGAACAAAAAACUAUGAAAAAUUAA